AUGGAAAACCACAACUACUCAAAUAACACAUCCGCUGCAACAUCUAGGCAUACUUCUACAGCUUCUAUCUGGUCACUACAUAAUCACAUCACAGGUCACAGCCGGAAUCCUACCCCCCCGACACCUGUCUCAUCACCGAGUUUAUACACACCGCCUCCUCCGGAGAACCCACGGAAAUAUGAAAAUGGCCCUCAUCUACACCCUAUCCAGUCACAAUACCGACAGCAGGCGACAGAGUAUGCACCAGCUGUCAAGGAAACACAUGUGCUGGGACUUGACUUCGACCCGAUCUCCGGACGCAAAAUUAUUAAUCACUACACGAUAAUAGAUGAGAUUGGUCGUGGAGUUCACGGCAAGGUUAAGCUUGGGACAGACAUCGAGACUGGUGAGCUGGUAGCGAUCAAGAUCGUUGAACGGAUGCAGGGGCGUCCUCGGCUUGGCCGGCGUGGCGAUGGAGAGUCAGAGAAGAAAGUCCGGAGGGAAAUCGCCAUCUUGAAGAAAUGUCGCCAUGAGAAUGUUGUUCGGCUCCUUGAAGUUAUCGACGACCCGCAAAGCAAGAAGGUUUACCUUAUCUUGGAGUAUGUUCAGCUGGGCGAGAUAAUUUGGAGAAAGGAAGGAGAUCCGGAUGUUCUGAGUAGGGAGCGCCGGCGGUUGCGUAGAGAAUUCGCAGACACUAGGAAGUCAAGGGAAUUGGCCCAAAGAGGUGAAAUGGCAGCGAUUGAUAUUUCCAAGAAAAAGAAGCGUAGGAGAAGGAAGACAGGGCAAUUCUGGUCGUUGGAGUUUGCUUCUCCUUCGGAGGAUUCUGAGGAGUCCGAACAGCAUUCCCCUCCCCCGAUGCUACCGAAACUCCCACCUACCUCUUCGGCCGAUUUACCUCCUUUGGAUUCGGAAACCGAGCAACUACCCCCUUCUGUGACCGGCUACUCCUCCGAUAGUGACUCCGACAGGGAUUGUGCAGAUGACCAGCGUUACAUUCCCGCGUUGACCAUCGAGCAAUCUCGUAGUACAUUUCGCGACACUGUACUUGGCCUUGAGUAUCUACAUUACCAUGGUAUCAUUCAUCGUGAUAUCAAACCGGCCAACCUUCUAUGGACUAAAGAUCAUCGUGUCAAGAUUUCCGACUUUGGUGUAAGCUUCCUUGGAAGACCAAUUAGGGAUGAUGACGAUGGCGAAAGUACCGGCGCGGAUGAAGAGCCCACAGGUCUGGAACAGAACGAUAUCGAGCUUGCCAAAACUGCUGGGACCCCGGCAUUCUUCGCUCCGGAGUUGUGCCAUAUUGAUCCAACGGGGCCACGCCCUCAAAUCACGAGCGCGAUUGAUGUGUGGGCUCUAGGCGUCACUUUGUACUGCCUACUGUUUGCCCGCUGUCCAUUUAUGGCGGACAAUGAGUUUCAGUUGUUAAAAGUUAUCGCCAAGGAGGAAUUAAUGAUCCCUAAUCGCCGCAUUCGACCCGAGAAAUUAAAACGCUCUGGAGCUCAAUCCUCACCACCGUCCGCUGAAGAGCUUCUCGAGAUGGAGACCGAGCUCGUUGAUGAGGAUCUGAAGGAUCUAUUGAAACGUCUUCUCAUCAAAGACCCAGCAAAGCGAAUUACCUUGAAAGAGGUUAAGCGACAUCCCUGGGUUCUUCAUGGAAUCACUGACCCUUGUGCAUGGGUGGAUGACACCGAUCCGGAGAGGAUCUCUGAUGGAAACAGAAUUGAGGUCAGUGUUGAGGAUGUCGAAAAGGCCGUGUCCAGUGCCGGUGUUCUUCACCGUGCUCGCAGUGCCAUGAAAAGAGCUGGGGCAUGGUACAGGGGGCUCCGUAAAAGGGCUAGCAGCACAGCCGAUACGACCUCAACCACCUCUUUCAAGGAUUCCAAGGAAAAAAGGGCUGAGCGUAAAUGGGACCCGGAAGAUGCUCAGCAACACCUGCAAGGUUAUUAUCCGUGGAAGGAUGACGACGAAAAGGAACUGCAAUGGAUGGGUGGCGCUCCGACAUGGAAUGAGGAGCGUCGUCCAUCGAUGACAACUUUUGGAAGCACUGCAUCUACUGAUACCGUUCAGCCGCCGCCCCGGUGGGGACUCUUUAGGGAUGUGAAAAGGAUUGUGGGCAGAAUGAGAAGUGGUGGAUUAUCUUCUGAGAAUGGAGAUAGAAUGAAAGAUCCUAUUAGCAGGGAAGGGAGCCCGUUGAGGGCUAGAGAUGCACUUGCUGGACAUUUGCGUGGCGAUCAUUCCUUCUAUGCAUAUGCACAUCAUUCGUUGCAAGUGCAGAUUCCCCAAUAUAGACGGCACUCAUAUACUUGCGAGCAAAUCGAAGCCACAAUUCCACUAGACUCAUCGCCUCGUUUUUCACCGGGAGGAAGCAGAAUGAGCCGAGCAGAGGAAGUCAGACGUAAACUCAGUUCUUUAGCAGUAGAUGAAGAUCAGCCUUGUCCUCCUAGCCCUGACGAUAAUGUUUCUAUGGAGAGUAUCUGGCGUCGAGACCAGCAGAAGCGGAUGCUUCGCGUUGAAGAACGGGAAAGGUACUCGCAACCGAGCUCUAACGUUGCACCUGGAUGGACAAAGGAAAAUUACUAUUUCUCAACCACGGAUUCGCCAACACCACCCAUUGCAAUCGAUGGUAAAGUCCGGAGCGGCUUUUUUGAUGAUAAUGUGGCCCCAUCGGUGCUACCGCACCAUGGAAAUCCAGAUCAUCUUGUGUCAUCCUCGAGUGAGGAACAAUUCGCAACAACUGCAGGUUCCAGUUUGACAAACUCGACAAGUUUCCCCUCAGUGCCCAGUGUUCUUUCUGAAUCCAGCUCGAUCAGCAGUGAUUACUAUAGUCGAUACUCCCGUAAAAAUUCAAUUGCCGGUCUGAUGGAGGAAGAAAACGGCAUAUAUGAAUACCUGCGCAGAGAGCGCCCAGGAACCCCUUAUCGCGAAAACUUUAAUAACUACCCAAAUUUCGACAUUGAUGAGGAAGUAGACGAAGCUGCUCAUGAAGAGGAUGAUGGCGGUGACGAGGGCGAGGAGAGUGACGGGGGCUUUGUGCUGCCGCCGCGUAAGACCACCAAGCCGCGUAGCGAAAGUGUCACUGUGGCUGAGCUUUCGCGGAAGCCCAUUGACCGUCCCGCCGAAACUCCUCCACCUACCAGGAGGAGAAGCCGAAGCAGUAGUGGCACUGUGAAAGAGAAGAGCUCGAGAAGCGGUCAGCGAGGAAGGACCAAAGAGAAGACAGUGACCGAGUGA